GAAUCUGAUUUUUUCAAGGUUGGAGCUAAAGAGGACAAAGAUUGAAGUUCGGUGUGGAAACUUGUAGUAGAAAAAGGAGCUGAACUCUCAGUCUUCCCAGACUUAUUCUAAAAUGACAGAAGCAGAUUUAUAUGACGUGUAUAAAGAGGUCUUUGUGCCGAAAGCUUUACAUCCUCCAGACAGCCUGAAAUAUUAUGAAGAUUUCACAUUCCGCCCAGACGACGUCCUCAUCGUCACUUAUCCUAAAUCUGGCACAACAUGGAUGCAGGAGAUUGUUCCUUUGAUCCACAGUGAUGGAGAUCUCACUCCAGUGCACACUAUACCAAACUGGGACCGGGUUCCAUGGCUGGAGGAGCACCGGGCUAAGAUACUCAAUCUGGAGCAAAGGCCCUCUCCACGCGUCUUUGCGACCCACUUCCAUUAUGGCAUGAUGAACGAGUCGUUUUUCAAAGUCAAACCAAAAGUCAUCUAUGUAAUGAGAAACCCGAAGGACGUGUUUACUUCCUCCUUCCACUACUAUGGAAUGGCCUCAUACCUGGUGAACCCGGGCACUGCCGACGAGUUUCUGGAAAAGUUUCUGGACGGCAAAAUAAUGUUUGGUUCAUGGUUUGACCAUGUAAAGAGCUGGCUCAAGGCAAAAGACCAAGAUCACAUUUUCUACAUUUCAUAUGAGGAGAUGAUACAAGACUUGAAAAGCACUGUCACAAAAAUAGCCAAGUUUCUUGAGAAGCCUCUGAGCCAAGAAGUGAUUGAGAAAAUUGCAGAGAAUUGUCUGUUCAAGAACAUGAAGCAGAACAAGAUGUCCAACUAUUCUCUGGUUCCCGAAGAGUUCAUGGAUCAGAAGAAGUCUGAGUUUCUCAGGAAAGGAAUAGCUGGUGACUGGAAGAACCUUUUUAGUGAGGCCCAAACCGAGAAAUUUGAUAAUGUUUAUAAAGACAAGAUGAAAGAUGUGAUCUUUAAAUUUGUUUGGGAUUAAAUAAAUUCAUCAUUCAGUAUGUUUUGUUAAUAUGGUUUGUUAAAUUUGUAUUGAAUUUAUUUAUAGACACUGAGUCUAUAACUGAUGAUUUUACUCCAAAUUCAAACAGGAUAUAAUAGUUUUAUUUGCAAAAGUAAUCACUAAUCAAAAAAAGUUUUAAUACAUUUUUGUGACCAUAUUUUAUGAGGAAAGUAAAGGUAGAGUGGAUUUCCUAUGAUGAUUGAUCUGUUUUACAACAUUACUACUUCUCAUGUUAAUCCUAUUUUCCUAAUGAAUAAAAUGAACAAAGGUUUUAAAUAAAAUGUUCAAAAUA